AUGUUGGAGCGGUUGGCUGGCAAGUCUUAUUAUUGCUUCUUGGAUGGCUACUCCGGCUACUUCCAAAUCCAUAUUGCACCUGAAGAUCAAGAAAAGACCACCUUCACAUGCCCCUUCGGAACAUUUGCCUACAGACAGAUGCCCUUCAGACUCUGUAAUGUGCUGGGUAUAGUUUUGGGACACAUAGUGUCUAGAAAGGGUAUAGUGGUAGAUCCUGCUAAGAUGGAUGUUAUUACUGCUUUACCUUACCCUAUAUCUGUGCGGGAAAAAGACACAAAUUUUGAGUUUGGUGAUAAGUGCAAGUCGGCUUUUGAUCAAUUGAAGCGGUGCCUGACCAUUACUCCAGCGAUCUAUCCGCCAUAUUGGUCUCUUCCUUUCGAGCUGAUGUGUGAUGCCUCCAACUUUGUUGUUGGUGUUGCUCUUGUUCAACGGAUUGAUAAAGCCCCGCAUGUUAUUGCCUAUGAGUCAAAAACCUUGGAUUCUGCCCAUAUUGUUUUUCCUAACCAUGCAUCCUUGAAGUUUCUUUUGAAGAAGGCAGAUGCUAAGCUCAGGCUCAGUCGGUGGAUGUUGUUGCUCCAAGAAUUUGACAUUGAGAUUAAAGAUAGGAGUGGACCAGAGAACUUAGUAGCUGAUCACUUGAGCCGCGUCACUCACCUUAUGGUUCCAUUUCAUGUUUCUUAUGGUUUUACUUAUAUCUUGCUAGCUGUUGAUUAUUUAUCUAUAUGGGUUGAGGCGAAAGCUUCUAGGACUAAUGACUCUGCUGUAGUUGUAGAUUUUGACAAAUCUAACAUUUUCUGCAGGUUUGGCAUCCAUAGAGCUAUCAUCAGUGACCAGGGCUCUCACUUUUGUAACCGAAGUAUGAAUGCUUUGCUACGAAAGUACAUAGUGAUUCACAAGGUUGCCACUAAUUACCACCCUCAGACUAAUGGUCAAGCUGAAGUCUCCAAUAAAGAGAUCAAGCAAAUCCUCCAGAAGACUACUGCUUAUAAGACUCCGAUUGGAAGGUCUCCUUAUCGGCUUGUCUUUGGUAAAGCAUGUCACUUGUCAAUUGAGUUGGAGCAUCAGGCUUAUUGGGCUAUUAAGCAGUGCAACAUGGAUUCGAUUCAUUUAGGGGUAGAGCGGAAGCUACAACUACAAGAGUUAGAGGAGCUUUGA